AUGGCGUCAAGCAAUGAAACACUAGAAAUGAAUGCAGAGCUUUCUUAUUCGGAUUCUUCAUCGGAAAGCAGCGAAGGACCGAUGUUUGAAGAGGAGGAAGGUAGUGGUAGUGAGUUCUACGACCCGGAGAUGGAGAAUGGGAUUGCUCCAUACCAAUUCAAACCGAUGACAGACGGGGAGUCGGCAGAGGAGGAGGAAGAAUGUCAAAUGGAUGACGAUGACUGGUUGCAUUUGGAUAGAUGUUGCUCCUGUGAUAAUUGCCAGCCGAUGUCUGUGAAGAGAGAGUGCCUGUGCUGCCGAAAAACUGAUCAAGUCAACAGCUUGGUUCUAACAGAGGAGAUUAAUUGCAUCACUGAUCAUCGUGACUUUGGGCCAAUAUGUUUACAUGAAGGAGUGCUGGAUGUGGCGUGGCUUGCCUACAAGCAGCAGUACAAGAAGAAUGCAUACGAGGGACCGAAACACGCAAGACUGAGGCAUGUUGCAUACAGACAAUUUGUUAGGUGGACACAAGGAUAUUUGGGGAAAGACAUUCGUGUUGUUCUGCCAUCGUGUGUGGUGUACAAGGUGCGGGCAUUCUUCCCACCCCCUGGACUUGAGGAGGAAGCCCACUUUGAGGGAUUUCAUAUGUUCGAUGAAUGA